UCAUUGACGUCAAGUAGUUCAUUGUUUUGACGCUAGUUGUCGCUGUUUCGCUGUUGAAGAAAGUUCAAACUUGAUUGAAAACUUACAAAAAGUGCACAAUUUCGUAUUUGUGAUCAUGAAAGUUGACCAAAUUUUUAAUGAAGAACACAAUAAUUUACUUGAUGAAAUUACUCAAAGGGACGAAAAGGAAAAAAAUGCCUCAGCUGCAAUCACUUCGGAGAUCCUGAAUAAACUGAAUGUAAACAUCCAGGCACUGCCGCAAAAAUGUCAACAAAUACUCAUACAAACCGCCGAGAGUCAAAAAUCUACAGGCAUCGAACACCUAGACCCUAUAGCCAUAUCUCUCCAACACUCCAAAAUUCUAUCAGAAAAACUAGAACAGGAUUACGAAAUUUUAAAAUUGAAGCAGAAUAACGCGGAGCUGCAAGCGAAAAUAGACCGUAAUAACAAGUUUUUGGCUGAACUAAGGAGGGAUUUGGAGUCUUCGAAGAGUUCCCUAUCGGCUCAGAAUCCGAGUCCUGAGAAUAUACAGGAACACAUCAGACAGUUGAGGCAGAAGGUUGCGUCGUAUGAAGAGAGCUGUGAGAAAGCUAAGAUGAAAUACACAAAGCUGUCGGUGCCAGACGGCGUUCUGCCGAUGUCUCUGAUGACCCUGGUAUCCACACUGGCGGCCUUGAACGAAGAAGCCGCCUCCUUGAAACAGCGAGCCGAUGAUAUCGCACUGGCCAGACAGGCGAGGGACACCUUCAAUAGAUUGAGGAGGUGAUGAACUUAUUAUUAUUAAGGUGUAUUUUGUAUUUAAAUAUUAUUUGCCUAAAAAAUAAUGAAAAGUGUUGGCCAUGAAUGGUAAGACACCCCACGGACUGCAAAUUAGUCUGUUGUCUUCGGGGAGUCUAAGGGCCGGUUUUUACCAAGGCGGAGCGGAGCGGAGACCAUCUUCUCCGCUCCGUCUUGGUGGAAACUGGCCUUAAAGUUAAGGGCGUUUUGG